UCUUCCUUCCCCCCGCCUCCCCCGCCGCCCUCCUUCCCGCCGCGGGAGCCGCUCGGGGCGCAGGGCCGCGGCGCCGAGCCCCGCUGGCUGCAGCGCCGCGGCCCGGCCCGGAGCACGGGCAAGUUCGCCAGGAGUUGAGGCGAAGUUUGGGAGGCCGAGCUCCCCUCUGCGCCCCCGGCGCCCCGCCGCGCCCAGCCCCGCCGGGGGCGCCCCUGGCAGCCCGCGCGCCCUCCCCAGCCAUGUCGUCCAUCCUGCCCUUCACCCCCCCGAUCGUGAAGCGCCUGCUGGGCUGGAAGAAGGGCGAGCAGAACGGGCAGGAGGAGAAGUGGUGCGAGAAGGCGGUCAAGAGUUUGGUCAAGAAGCUCAAGAAGACGGGGCAGCUGGACGAACUGGAGAAGGCCAUCACCACGCAGAACGUCAACACCAAGUGCAUCACCAUCCCCAGGAAAGUGAGAGUGAGGAUACCCACCACACAGGACCCCUGGCUCCAGUGAGAUCACGAGGAAGAAGUGCCAGGUCCCUGGAUGGCCGCCUGCAGGUGUCCCAUCGGAAGGGGCUCCCCCAUGUCAUCUACUGCCGUCUGUGGCGAUGGCCGGACCUGCACAGCCACCAUGAGCUGCGGGCCAUGGAGCUGUGUGAGUUCGCCUUCAACAUGAAGAAGGACGAGGUCUGCGUGAAUCCCUACCACUAUCAGAGGGUAGAGACCCCAGUUCUACCUCCUGUGCUGGUCCCACGCCACACAGAGAUCCCGGCCGAGUUCCCCCCGCUGGAUGACUACAGCCAUUCCAUCCCCGAGAACACUAACUUCCCCGCGGGCAUCGAGCCCCAGAGCAAUAUUCCAGAAACCCCGCCCCCUGGCUACCUGAGUGAAGAUGGUGAGACCAGCGAUCACCAGAUGAACCACAGCAUGGACGCAGGUUCUCCAAACCUAUCCCCGAAUCCGAUGUCCCCAGCACACAAUAAUUUGGACCUGCAGCCUGUCACCUACUGCGAGCCGGCCUUCUGGUGCUCCAUCUCCUACUAUGAGCUGAACCAGCGUGUUGGGGAGACAUUCCACGCCUCGCAGCCCUCCAUGACCGUGGAUGGCUUCACCGACCCCUCCAACUCGGAGCGCUUCUGCCUGGGGCUGCUCUCCAACGUCAAUAGGAACGCGGCCGUGGAGCUCACGCGGAGGCACAUCGGGCGCGGCGUGCGGCUGUACUACAUCGGAGGCGAGGUCUUCGCGGAGUGUCUCAGCGACAGCGCCAUCUUUGUCCAGUCGCCCAACUGUAACCAGCGCUACGGCUGGCACCCGGCCACCGUCUGCAAGAUCCCGCCAGGGUGCAACCUGAAGAUCUUCAACAACCAGGAGUUCGCCGCCCUCCUGGCCCAGUCGGUCAACCAGGGCUUCGAGGCCGUCUACCAGCUGACGCGCAUGUGCACCAUCCGUAUGAGCUUCGUCAAAGGCUGGGGCGCAGAGUACAGGAGACAGACCGUGACCAGCACCCCCUGCUGGAUCGAGCUGCACCUGAAUGGGCCUUUGCAGUGGCUUGACAAGGUCCUCACCCAGAUGGGCUCCCCAAGCAUCCGCUGUUCCAGUGUGUCUUAGAGACAUUGGGUGUGAAAGGGGGAGGGUGGGGGGGGGAGGGCGGGCUGGGGGGGAAAAGGCUGCGUAGGAGGUGGAGAAAUCGGAACUCAACUCACUAUUGUCAAUGAAGAAGGAAUUUUUCUCCCUCAGUCAAAGCGGCACCAACCUGUUUUCCAAAACACAAAAGUGAACCCAGAGAUGGAUUUUAUGAACAGCUGUGUCUGCCGAACACACGUGCCCUCUGGCCCCCGUGCGAAGGGCAAGCAGGGGCUUCUGCUCUGGCCGCCUGAGCAGACAGGCACCAGCUCACCACCUGCCCCUCCUCCCAGCCCGCUUCUGUUUUAAUGACCGCAACCUGGGAUGCCAGCGUCCAUCAGGAAAGGGCCCUCGGUUCGGGACCGGCGUGUGGAACUCGCCGUGGCCGUUCUAGGUAGGGCAGAGCCUGCAGGGGUGCGAGCGAACCUCAUGCCUCGCCCUCCGGCGCUUCUGACAGCCGCAUCACCUGAGCGUCCCGGAGCCCCGGCCCGCCAGCAGGGCCUGCACCCCAGGAGCUGGACUGGCGUGGGGUGGGGCAGGGGGCUCGCCCGUCCCGUCCUCUUGGAGCACACGGAGCAGGGGGAGUCGCUGUGUUCGAACAUGUGCCCGGGGACAGCGGGGACAGUCGGUGAGACACCUUCUCUCUCAGAUGGGUCCUUUCUUGCUCUGAGCGGCUGGGAGGCCUGCUAAGGCUCAGGCUCCCGCAUCGUGCCAUUUCUCUUCUCGCGUUAACCUCAGAGAUUUGAACCCCGUGCAGCAGGCACGGGCGGCGGGAGGAGGCUCCCCGGUGCGGGGGUCUCCAGUCCUCUGCAGGAGCUCACCUGCCAGUCGUCUGCAGCCGGCUCUCUCGGUUUACGUAGUCAGUUGCAUUAAUUAAAUGAGCUUUAGCGUAUGCUCAUUUAAAUGUUUAUUUUAUAUUAAAAAAGAAUCCCGGGUUGGCACACUGGCUGGGAAACCAGCGUGGGGGACCCAGCAACCUCUCUCUCAAGGUGAAGCUUUUCCAGGUUUUGUUGAGAAGACACCUGCCAGCGCUUCUGGAAGCUGAAAUGCACAGAAGCAAAUUCACCAGAAGGGAAAAAUCUCAGGCCAACACGGGCAAAUGAAAAGGGCUAUUAAAAUUUCUUUUUUUACACCUUUGACAAUUGGAGGCUGGGUGCGCAGAGGUCUGCCGUCUCCCCCGGGGACGUGAGAGGACGGCGCUCACGGCGGGGGAUCAUCAGUGACACCUUGGGCAGCUCUACUGCAGAACUGGUCCCGGUGUCAAGGAGUGAGGAAACGCUUCUAAGUUAUUUCAACUGGAAACAGGCCCGCCUCUCCGGCCGGCUGGCCUGCUGCAGUGCACAGCGAGCACUCCCUGCCGCCAGUACUUCAGUCCUCGUUGCUGUUCUGUAGGAGAUGACUUUAGCCCGUCUUCUGGCGUGCAUUUCUACCAGGAGAAGUGAAGGGAUUUCCUAUGGAAGUCCCGUCUUACCCAGGUAGACGGAAGAAAGUGUCUCCUGGCGGGUGUAAAUCUCAAAUGUGAUACCACUUCCGCUGCCGCACAGACACGCUGGGGGCUUCCCGGGGGCUUCCCGGGGCCUCUCCGGCAGGGUCCUUGUGCGUCUGCAGCUCUCGCCUGACGGUUUCCAGGGAGGAGAGCUGCUCUCCAAGCUCCCCGAGGACACAGCAAGAGACGGGAGGAGCACCUUGCCAGCCCUACGCUGGUCUUUUCGCAGGGCCGUUGACCCGGAAUCCAGACACACCACAGCACCCCUCUUCCCGAGAGGGUCCGAUACCGCAGGUCCAGAGUUCGCCUGGGGGCUGCCGCAUCCAGGACGCCGUCUGACCCUCCUGGAUGUGCGCGCCCACUCCUGGUCGGAGCCGAGACGUGUGCUGGGUGUAGUCUGCUGUGGCCUCCCCCGAAGCCAGGGCAGCGACUUCCGAGGGCCUGCCUUCUCCAUCUGCCUCCUGCUCCUCUGAGGCCUGCCUACGGCACACAGCUGUCCCCGCUUCCUCGGGGACCAGCUUCAGGGACAGCACAGUCCGGGCCAUCCGGUGGCUGCGCGUGGAUGGCGUCUCGGCGCCCUUGAUGCUCAGAGCUGAGGGCUCCUCGUAGGAGGCAGGAAGUUUUAGUUUUGUGUUUUUCCAAAAGCUUACUUGGCCCCUCUUCUUUAUAGACUAGACCCCUGGAGGAGGAUGGGAGAGGAAAAUGUAGGUAAGUCCAGCUCUGGAAGAAAGUCAGACCUCGAGGUGGGGUGGUGGUGCCCUUCCCAUCAGCAAGGCCGCAGUGGUGCUGGGGGGGGGGGCGCUUGUGUCAUGCAGCCAGCAUCCUUCCUUUAAGUCACAAAGCUGGUUUUCUUAGUUUGAAAAUCCUGUCCUAGGAAUGGCAUUUACAUGUUAAAGAGAACUUUUUAAAGGACAGUUGAAGGGGGCAAGAGAAAACGGGGGUGGAGGGCAGUUUUAAGCAGUCAUGUCAUGUGUGGUUGGCAGGGCUCCCCCCCCCCCCCCCCCCCCCCCACCCAGUAGCUAGCCCUGGGCCGGAGAUCCUCGGCUGGUGCUUCCCCCAGGAGCCAGCUUCUCUUCCCUUCCUAACUUUAUUUAGUAACUUGGGUCCUUCCAGCACCAGCAGGGUCUGGAGCUGCCCCAGCGGCUUCGGGUCACAGGCCUGUGCUGGAACAUCUCAGUCGGCCACCCUCCUGGCAGGCUGUAGACGACCUGACAUUUUGAGACAAGCCUAGUAAGGAGCGGGGACUUUGACCCUCCUCUUAGGAAGCACACACGCACGAGGGCAAGGCUGCGGGCAGACUUUCCCAUCGUCCUUAAUGUUGUUUUUUUAAUUGACUGUGGUGAUUUUUUUUUUUUUAAAUCAUUAAUGUAUUGGAAUGAGCUGUAGCACGGAUCUUGUGCUGAGUUUUUUCCUCCAUCUUCCCUUGGCUUCCUAGAGCUUGGCCCUAUUCCAGGGCUGAGUGCUUUGACUCAACUGCAGGGAAGGGCUUGAAGCAGCACGCGUGUCCUGCAUGCACGUAUGGAGUCUGGGGAGAAGGCGGAUAGGGUUUCGGCCCCCAGCUGCCCUUUCUGAGGCUCCUCUCUGUCGUCCUUUAGAGGAAUCUGGGGACUGUGCGCAGCAAGAGCGGGCCUGAGUUGAGUUCUGGACUCUGUGUGACUUUAAGUGGCAGAGUUGGGAGUUGGCCCCAAGGUCUACAUGCGUCCGCACUCCGCUGGAAGCAAGCCGCAACGCCGCUGCGCUAUCCCAUCCUUUUUGUGGCAUGAAUGUUCCCUUCUAGAUCAUCCUUUUGAGGGGUGUCUUCUCAAGAGGGUGGCGAAGCAAAACACGUUUAAAGGCUGUGGCUCCGACACGAAGAGGAGGUGUCUCUGAUGGAAGAGUGGCAGGCAGUGGGGAAGUGACGACGUGCAGGCAACUUUCCAGAAACACAGCUAGCCCAUCAACUCGCCGAUCGUGUAAACUGGAUUGAGAAAUGCUCUCAGUGAUGCUGUAAUUGAUUUUUUUUUUAUGCUGAAGUAAUGUAUACUCUAGCAUUCUGGUGUUUUUAUAUUUAUAUAAUUUCUUAAAACCAUUCAAGACAGAACUAUUUAAUUUUUUUGAAGAAAGUUGGAAAGGUCUCUCCUCCCCAGGACCGUGGCUGGGAAGAGUCAGGGGCCCCGCCCGUUCCGAAUGCUGCUGGCUGAGGGCACAGUGGUUCAGCUUCCAGAAGCACACCCCCCCCACCCUGGGCUGGCUAAGCAUGUGGCAGCGUGCACAAACAAACAGGCAGCUCGAAGUCACCUGUAGGCUCUUCCCGAGGGGGCCUCAGAACCCAGCCCCUUCUGAGCAGGGGGAACUUCACCCAGAGGGAUGGAGCCGGGACCCCCUUCCUCACUCCCCUCCCUGCUGCUGUUGCAAAGCGGCCGGCCCUUCCGGACUCUGGAGGGGGGGGAACAGAAGGUGGAGGAUGCUGACGACCUUCACUUCUUGGCCAGCCUGACCUUUGACUCCCUUUGUAAAAAGCAUGUAUGUAUUUAUAGUGUUUUAGAUUUUUCUAACUUUUGUAUCUUAAGAGCAGAGCACCUGUUUAAGCAUUGUACCCCUACUGUUACGGAUCUGGGUCCUCCCUCUCUUUCCCCUGUAAGUGCCCUUCUAAUAAACUUUUCAUUGAAAAGC